CCGGUCACGGCCUGUGAUUGGCUCAGAGAUCUUCUUUGAAUAUUUACUAUCGGCCAUGUUUGUUACCGGAGCUCCUCUUUCAUUCAAUUGAAAACGGGCAGAAAAACCUUCGCGGCAGCGUCGUCGCGCACCAUUUUAUUGUUUACCGGUGUAUUUUUUUCAGGUCUUUAGUUUAACGUAUUGAUUUGGUGAAGUAAUAUUUUAGUUUCUUUGCCUUUUUCUAAUGGACCGUUUUACGUUAACAUUGUAAUUCGUAGCACGUGUAAUGAUCGUAAUUGAUCCACAGUUGACGAGUUUCCGUUAGAUUUCGAUAUUAUCGCAGCACACCUCCUGCUAUAGCCAUUUUUAUACAUAUUUAACUUAUUAGACUAAUUUAUCAGUUUAAUUUACAAUGGCGACCGCAACCCCAGCCAGCCAAAGAAGAAGCACAUGCUCCGGGAGCACGCCGCUGAGCCCCACCAGAAUUACCAGGCUUCAGGAGAAAAGAGAGCUGAGCGACCUGAACGACCGCCUGGCCGUCUAUAUAGACAAAGUUCGGAGCCUGGAGUCCGAGAACACAGUUUUGCACCUUCAAAUCUCAGAAAAGAGAGAUGAGACCAGCCGAGAAGUGUCCGGGCUGAAGGCGCUGUACGAGACGGAGCUCGCGGACACCAGGAUCUCCCUGGACGAGACGGCCAAGGAGCGCUCCUGGCUGCAGAUCGAGUUGGGGAAGCUGAAGGCGGAUCAUGACCAACUACUACUGAGCUACACCAAGAGGGACGGUGAGGCAACAGCCUCCCGGGCCCGAGUGAAGGAGCUGGAAGCUCUGCUCAACUCGAAGGAUGCAACGCUGGCCACAACACUGUCCGAGAAGAGGGGGCUGGAGGCCGGCCUAGUGGACGCACAAGGGCGGCUUCAAGAGCUCGAAGUGAGCUAUUCCCAGAGCAAGAGCCAACUGGCCGACGAGACCCUGAUGAGGGUGGACCUGGAGAACCGCUGCCAGAGCCUGGUGGAGGAGCUGGAGUUCCGCAAGAGCCUGUACGACGGGGAAUUGAAGGAAACCCGUCACAGGAAUGUGAGUAACCUGGUGGAGGUGGACUCCGGGAGGCAGGUGGACUACGAGUCCAAGCUGGCCGGGGCCCUGGCCGACAUCAGAGCCCAGCAGACUGAACAGGUGGACCUCUACAAGAGGGAGAUGGAGAACACCUACAUGGCCAAGCUGGAGGACGCGAUCCAGUCCUCCCAGAUGAGCAGCUCCUCGGCCACCAUGAGCCGGGAGGAGCUGAGGGAGUCGGCCAUGAGGGUGGACAGUCUCUCGGCCCAGCUCGCAGGCCUACAGAAAGAGGCGCGUGGCUGCCGCGAGCGCAUCGACGAGCUGGAGGCGGCGCUGGCCAAGGAGAAGGACACCAGCCGGCAGCUGCUGUCCCACAAGGACCAGGAGCUGUACGAGAUCCGCACGCGCAUGCAGCUCCACCUGGACGAGUACGCCCAGCUGCUGGACGUCAAGCUGGCCCUGGACAUGGAGAUCAGCGCCUACCGCAAGCUGCUGGAGGGCGAGGAGGAGAGGCUGCAGUUGUCUCCCAGCCCGACGUCCCGCGUCACCGUGUCCCGGGCCACGUCCAGCAGCCGCAGCGUGCGCACUACCAAGGGCAAGAGGAGGCGCGUGGAGGAGGAGGAGGAGCAGCAGGGAGACGGCGGCUCCUCGGUCUCCGUGGCCCACUCGGCCUCGGCCAGCGGGGCCGUGUGCGUGGAGGAGCUGGACGACGACGGCCACUUCAUCCGCCUGGCCAACACGGGGGAGCAGGCCCAGGCCAUGGGGGGCUUCGAGCUAACUCGGACGAUCGGAGAGACCUCAGCGACGUACAAGUUCACCUCUAAAGCCGUCCUGAAGGCGGACCAGAAAGUCACGCUGUGGGCGGCGGACGCGGGAGUGAGCGCCAACCCCCCGACAGACCUGCUGUGGAAGGGCCAGGGCUCGUGGGCCGGGGGGCAGGAUAUCUGUGUGGUGCUGACCAAUGCAGAGGGAGAGGAGGUGGCCAGGCGAUCCACAUUGUUCAACGCUCCCAUGGAGGAGCAGGAGGAAUACGAUGAGGACGUCGAGAUCAUUGAGGAGGACCUCUUCCACCAGCAGGGGGAGCCCCAGAUCAGCAAGCGAGGCUGCUCCAUCAUGUGAAGACACCACCACUAGCAGAGGCUGAUGUUGGGCCCGUUCUGCCACAAAAACAACUCACCAGUUUUCUAUAUCCCCGUGUGAUACCUAUAUUUUUUAGUGACAAUGCCAAACCAGUUUAGGUUGUUUGCUUUUGUGUUCAUUGAAGUAAACACACAAACACGCACACACGUAGUCAGUUUUUUUGUAGAGCACACCAAGUUUUAAUAAACAAGAUUUCAAGUAAAAAUUGUCUAGUGAGUAUGUAUCAAACACAAUCGUAAGAACUUGGUCUUCCCCUAAUCAUGUCGGCUUAUGAAUAGCAUCAUGUCCUAUUUGGAAAUGUCAAUACAAAAAGUUAAGCUUAACACUAUAAAUUCCUUUAGUCAAAACAAAGUACUUUAAGUACUUAAAAUCUCAGCUUUAAGAGUUUAGUUUGUUUCAUAAACCUGAGGAUGGCUACAGAAGAUUUGAAUUAAUUUGACAUACAGCUCAAAACAUUUUAAAUCUGGGUAUUCUAAUGUAUAAAAUAAGUAGAUUAAAGUAAGAUUCAAUUCUGAUUAGACAACUUCUGAUCAGGCAGCUUAACGAACUUUGAAGGGUACACUCCAUGUAUAUAGCAUAAUUUAAUCACAGCACACUAACUUACCAGGCUAAACAUGAUUGCCAUAAGGUUAUCUUUAGCUUGUCGCUAGUUAAAAUAUCUGGACCAUGGAUUGGAUGGAAACCUGUAAUUUUAAAACCAGGAUAACCCGUUUAUUGUGCAACUAUUCAAACACUCAUUGUAAGUCAUUAAACCACUUGGACACUUCCAUUUAACUUUUUUUAUUCAAAGUGCUUAAUGAUAUUAAUGUCUUGCAUACUUUUAUGGACCGCAGAAGACACAGAAAUGCGUUGCAAGUGACAGAGUUUUAACGUAACAGUGGGUAGGCAGCAAUGCAGUACAGCCGUCCUAAGUGUCUCGGAUCAAUGCUCAAAGUGCGAUUCAAAGCAGAUAACUCAAGACUGGUCUUCCGCAUGAUUAAGAUCCCAACAUGUAUCGGAACUGACGGCAUUCUGCUGGAACAGACAUCUAAUGCGUCCCUGAUUAUCCGAGUUGGUACAGGUCAUUGUAACCUAGUUGAUUCUAGGGGCUCCCACAGUACAAACAUUGUCGUCCUAGCAAAGAAUG